AUGUCAUUGCUAUUGCCUCGCUAUGCGCUCGCCCGAAUUCGACAAAGUGCCAUCAGAAUUAGGAACCAGCGCGCCAUUGCCACCGCAUCGCAUAUACACCAUUCUAAUACCGGAAAAGCUAAAUAUCAACCUCAUCUAAGGCUGGAAGAGCUCGCACCUGACCGCGUGAAGAAGAGUGGAAAAGGAAAAGGUUUCGGUGGGCUUCAGAGUAUGGAUCCCGAGAAGCAGGUAUGA